AUGCUUGAGCAAAAGCAGAUGGUGAGUAGGAGCCUCCGCGCAGCCGACCUGUGUCACUAUAAUGAAGUUAUUCAGCAGAAACGACCCGAGCAUGAAGAUCAACGUGUUAUACAGCAUGACAGCGUCCAGCUCCACGUGGCCCAAGUCGUCAAAAUGGGCAUUCAUCAGCUGGAUUUGGAAGUUCUGCUGCAUUUGUCCUGCAGUCCUGGCCCCGCUCCAUCGUACUAUCACGUUUUCCAGCCACUUCCAAACCAAAUGGGUGACGUUGCAUUCGACAAGGACGAAGACCUCAAGAACAUAUUUAGGCCGUGGAAGUAUGGUAUGUUAAAGGCUAUAGGAAAUCGACGAGGGCGACCUUAUGGAACAGAAAAAAUGCUUUCAAAUUGUAUGUAACACUUACCACAACAAAGCGACUUGGAGGAAAGGAAGUACAUUUGGAAAAAACGCAGACUUAUAACGCAGUGCAAUACAGUUUGUUGACGAUUUCGGCUGUCGUGCAGCACAAAAAUAUCCGGAUAAUGCGCGAAGUUGUGGGACGUCUCGACGUAUGCCCGAAGCGUGAACACAGGAUCUUAUUCAUUUGGCUUAGGCCAAACAUUCCAGGAGAGCUGUUUCGUAGAGGCUUAUCAAGAAGUAGCACCGUAUGGUAAGUUUACACAAAACAAAUGAAGAUUAAACUGUCUUCUACAACUCGAAUAGAACAAUACGACAAGAAUUAUGAAACUGCUAGUAUGAUUUAUCAUUCAAAACUCAGGUCACUUUACCUGCACCUAUCGUCCAAGUAAAUUACUACUGAUAGGUGGACAAUUUCAUUUAGUUAUCAAGAUUCUUCACUAAUUUCCCUUUCGCAAACUAAUCUCAAGAAUUGAAAACAAGCAUGUACAGCAGAAUUUAUUGGGGCCAAUAAAUUUCGUGACGGCUUUUCAACUGCAGCCCGUCUCUGCAUAACAUAGGUAACGAAUGAAAGCGCACAGCAGUAUGAAUUUGUACAGAAUGGCAGUGCAUAAGAGCAAGGUCAAAGUUCAAAGCAAUCAAUAAUCAAUCAAUAAUCUCGAGAAGGAGGAUUGCUUUUUGCCAACCACUAAGAAGAUAUCUACACCUCGGGAACUGUCUCCGUGGGAUCCAAUCGGGUCUCGGCACUUGAGGAUCUUGUGUUUUAGGCGGGCAAGUAUAGUCGAUAAUUCGACCGCCUGACCGUCGCGAAACAAGACCCUUCUGCUAUUAACUAGUUGCACGUGUUUUAGUAUAAUCGGAAUGGAAGCACGUUGAUAAGGUUAGAUAACAUCGACCUGAAGAAGACCCGGGUAACGAAAAGAAGCCAAGUGUAGAUUAAAAUUGACGAAUAAAAAGUUGUGAAGGAAUAGGAGAUAUAAAGAAGUACUCAUUACAUGCUAAGAUUGAAAUCGACUUAUUGGAGGUCUUCAAGUUCGCUCUGUCCAUUCAUGACAGCCGUUUGUUGAAAGAGAGCCACGGCCGGGUAGCGUAUUUGUGAAAUUAUUGGCACUGUCGACACUUUCUAUCGAUGACUAUGAAAAUGCGCACGUUACAUCAAACUCUUCAGGUGUCCGCGAGGCUACGAGUUCAGUAAGAAGGCAGGGAAACUCUGGUAACAUCGUGCAUCGGUUGUCUCCACUGACCAGCCAAUAGAAGCCCAAGUUAUGACUGCUGCCGAAAAUGCGAGUCAUCAAGGACUACUGAUGCCUGCAAGUAGGAACACAGUUUUGGCGGUUGCUGUUCCUGGUGGGUUUCUAUGACCAGGCCGCACUUCUGGUCUGCUACCGCUGUGUCCAACGAGCAGAUGGUCGCCUUCAGUUACGUAGAGGCGACUUAGGUUGUUGUGAUGACUGGCUCCAAUUACCCCAGAAAAGACAGCAUGAAAACCAAACUCUGGCCCCUUAAAGAAGCAGUUGCUGGAAAAGUCAUACUACGUCUUGCCCAAACGUUGGUUUCUUGUCAGUUACCUUAGUAGUAAGCACCUCCUCCAAUCUACAGGAGACGAUAGCAUUGUAAUUUAGAGAUGGACCGAUCAUUUUACCGUCGUUUUUACAUCCAUACAUUCAAAAACCCGUUUAACUGACACGCACUGUUUGCGUAUUUCAUACCUCCGUUUUCAAUAUUACAAAGAAUACGAACGUCCCCGUAAAACAGGCGAACUUGUGCUAAAUUUAAGGUGGGGCACUUUCAAGUCUUCCCCUUACUGUCGUGGGUUCGGAUCCCAAUGAGGUGUCAAUUUUUUCAAAUUUGGGUCAAUAUGAAUUAUUCAAAAUCUGCCAAGACAUCUGUGAAGGACAGAUUUCGUCCUACAGUCCGCAUUCCGACCAGCUAAUUAAGUCCAGUAUCAACCUACUGCAUUCUCUACGGUAAGCAGAUUUCGUUAAUAAAUGGAUGGAUUGUUUUAUUUAGCACCCAUGAGGGUACUUCCACGAGAUACCAUGUAAAAUAAAUUAUAAGGGUUACACAGCAGCUAUAGGGUUUUCUGCAGGAUGGUCAUAAAGCCUACGAAUAUAUGUAGUGGAUGGUCCACCCAUAUCACAUUGGAAUGCAAAAUAUAUGCUUUAUUAUGUCCAAAAAAACUAAUCCCAAGAGCUUAUUGCUGAUUGGUGUUCGGCAUAACCCAUGCACCCACGUCGUUCAGUGUAAUUUUGAAAAUUGUCGUUGAACUCGUCCCUGACAACUGACCAAACAGGGUAGUGAGCCAGGAUUCUGAAAUGACUCUGAAUGACUCUCCCUUAGUCGGCCGGGUGGGGGCAUUGUACAUUCAUUAAAAUGGUUGAAUAUACCUAGCCGAUUUUGUCAUUUUUAAAGAACAGUUUCAAACGCAAAU